AUGGCCACCCUUGGCGAGGCAUGUCGAAACGAUAUGAUCGGAUGGGACAACAGCGUUUUCUUCUUCCAAGUGCAGUUGCUGUCAGAGCAUGCGAUUCCCAUCGGAUUUGUGAAGAUCCCUGUGGCUGUGAACUACUUCUCUUGGGACGACAUGUCAGGCAAAGUCCUUCUGAGCCUGGGAGAUGGAUCGCUCCUAGCCUUGAGCAGCCCCAACCUGGACACAGUGAACAACAGCGAGACGUAUGAAAUUGAGGUGAACUACACGGCUGUGAUGCCAGACGUGCCAGAAAUCGAGGAGUCGGAUGAAGAAGAGGAGGAAGAGGAGGAGGGUGAAGCCCAGGAGGGCGAGGAGGGCGAAGCGAGCCCCACAGCCACGGAGGCACCCACCGAGGCCGAAGGAGAAGAGGAAGAGGGCAAGAAGAAGAAAAAGAAAAAGAAGGAAGAAAAGCCCAAAGACGAUGAUGACGACGAGGAAAAGCACGUUGAGGUCGUUGUGACCUCGGUGUCGCGGGCGAUUUUCAUCCCGGGCGACAGCGACGACAGCGAGCGGAAGGUCAUCUUCACCGGCACGGGCAAAUAUUCGGGCGGCCUUUGGGAGGGCUCCAUGGUGGGAGUGGAGGAGACACGCAUCUCAGAGGUUCCCUUGACGGAGUGCUUGCCGCAGACGGUGUCCUGCUUGCUGCGCAGUAAGAUACCGCAGAAUGUACAGGUGACGCACUUGUCGCUCUCACCAGCGCUGAAUUGGAUCAUCCUCGGCUUUGCAGACGGGCGUGUUUGGCUGGUGCCUCGCGUUCAUGGUGGCACCUUUGCUUGCGUGCACGUGUCGGACGGAAUGAGUGGAGCUGUGAAUUCCGUGUCCAUGCUGGAGGAUGAGUCGAUGAUGUUGGUGGCCGCCGGCGACGGCUCCUUGGUGACCUUUUUGGUCAGCGAUGGGGUGCUGGAGCUGUCGGAGAUCAAGGCCCAAGGAAAGGAGGUCAACAUGGCAGAUGCGGGCCUGGAGCUGGAGAAUGCCAUCCCAGAGAUGCCGGACAUGUCCAUGGAAGGUUGGAGCCUACCUCCCAAAGAGACUCCAGGUGUGUUGGCCAUCAAUCCAGACAUCACCGAUGCAGAGCAGUAUUCCAUCCAGGACGCCAAGUUGAAGGCCGAGGAGGACAGCGCCAAGGCGGCGGCGGAGCUGAAAAAGUUGCGCAACUUGGCGGAUCCCAAUAGGGGAUCCGGGGAGCCCCGGGGCAGAGGACUCAAGAGGUAUCGCGAUGAUGAGAGUGGUACGCUGCCCCCUCUGCUUGACUUCUACAAUGAGCAACUGGAAGACGACUUCCGCAAAUCCAGGUACUUGGACCUGGCCAGGAAAGAUGGGAUGCCAGUUGGAAAGGUGGAGCGCCAACUUUCGGAGGGGAAGGUACCAGCAGUGACAUUCACCUUUGUGAAUGUUGGAAAAAAGGGUAUCAAUGAGGAUUGCGUACAACAACCUCGAAACACAGAGUUCAUGAUGGCUUGGCUUCCAACGUUUGCCGUGGACCCUCCCACAGAGCUGGAGGCUAAGGAGGCGUUGUACUAUGUCGGGGAAGUUCAUUGCCUUGCUGAAUCCAAGGACUUGGAGGAUUGGGCUUUAGAAGAGUCCCGUCUACACAGACUGAUGGCAGCAAAAGUGUUGGCCAACUUUUCCCGGACACCAACAGCAAGGAAACCCGGGAGCAACAUGCAGAAACUCAAGAGCCUCCUUUCGCUGAUCUUCAAGGACUCGGAGAAGUCAAUCACGGAAUGGGGGAAGCAUUGCCACCUGCAUGCACGCAGGAAGCAGGUAUUGCAAGAAAGACAAAAUCAAUCCGAAGAAGAAGCCCAAAAAUCAAAAGACAAAGAAGAAGAUGAGGAGCAAGAGGUCCUAGUAGAAGAAGAAGAAGAGGAAGAGAGUGUGACCGAUGAUGAAGUGAUGGAGGUUCCAAAGAAAGCAGAGGAUUCGAAGGAGGCUGAAGAGGAGCGAAAGAAAGCAGAGGAUGCCAAGAAGGCAGAGGAGGAAAGACAGAAAGCAGAAGACGCGAAGAAGGCAGCUGAGGCUGAAGAAGAGCGAAAGAAAGCAGAGGAUGCCAAGAAGGCAGAGGAGGAAAGACAGAAAGCAGAAGACGCGAAGAAGGCAGCUGAGGCUGAGGAGAACAGAAAGAAGGCAGAGGAUGCAAAGAAGGCAAAGGAGGAGAGAAAGAAGGCAGAGGAUGCGAAGAAGGCAGCAGAGGCUGAAGAGGAGCGAAAGAAAGCAGAGGAUGCCAAGAAGGCAGAGGAGGAAAGACAGAAAGCAGAAGACGCGAAGAAGGCAGCUGAGGCUGAAGAAGAGCGAAAGAAAGCAGAGGAUGCCAAGAAGGCAGAGGAGGAAAGACAGAAAGCAGAAGACGCGAAGAAGGCAGCUGAGGCUGAGGAGAACAGAGAGAAGGCAGAGGAUGCAAAGAAGGCCAAAGAGGAGAGAAAGAAGGCAAAGGAUGCGAAGAAGACAGCAGAGGCUGAAGAGGAGCGAAAGAAAGCAGAGGAUGCCAAGAAGGCACAGGAGGAAAGACAGAAAGCUGAAGAUGCGAAGAAGAUAGCAGAGGCUGAAGAGGAGAAAAAGAAGGCAAAGGAUGCAAAGAAGGCUGAAGAGGAGAGGAUUCACCGAAAGAAGGGGCAGGAGGAAACGGCCAAGGAAUGGGAACGAAAAAAGAAAGCCGUUGAGGAUGAUGGUGGGGCAAUGGCAGUGGCAACUGGGUUGACUUUUCAGCUCUACGACGCCCUGAAAAUGCUCGGUGACUCCCCUGAACACCAACAGUUUAAGUCUGAAGUACUUUGCUUUUUGUCUGGCCAGAAGGAGGCUGAAAGACCAAACACAGAGGAUCUGGAGGCAAACAGCGACGAUGACACACAUGGACAGGGUGCAAAAGGAACCUACAAGGACACAAUGGCCUUGAAUCCUGAGCUCCCGAAACUUCCUGAAGAUCUUCGAGAUAGCGCAGACAGUCCCAAGACAGAAAGAGCUUCUCAACUUCUUCAGGAUCAAAGGGAAAUCAGAGCAAAAAGGAAAGCACAGCUGCAAGCGAAGGAAGCUGAACCGAAGAAAAGAGGAAGGCCACCAAAGACUGAGAAAGGGAAAGAGGAAAGCAAAGAGGAAAGCAAAGAGGACAAGAAGGAGGAAGAGCAAGAUGAACUUUCCAUGGAAAAUGCGCUGGACAAGGAUGAUCAAGAGCUCAGAGUUGAAAGAGCACUCGAAGAUGAUGACAAUGAUGCAAAACCUCGCCGCCGAAGCACCACCAAAGGAAGCGGAAGAGGAGGAAAGAAGCGCAAAGGGCCUGAUGGAAAGACAAAAGGCAAAGAACCUGGACCUGAGAAUGAGCAAGAGGCGACAGAAGGCAAGACAGAGGAGAAGCCUGGAUCUGCAAAAGAGGCGGAGGAGACGACUAAGAAACCUGACAAGGAUCCGGAUGAGACGCCUCCACCAAACAAGCGUGGUCGAGAGGACUGGUGA